AUGAAUGGAGCUGUGGAGGCUGCCAAUAAGAACAUCAAGAAUAUCCUGAGGAAGAUGAUUGACAAUCACCGAGGUUGGCAUGACAUGUUGCCAUAUGCUUUAUUGGGUUAUCAAACGACCGUCAGAACAUCGACUGGAGCUACUCCGUACUUACUGGUAUAUGGAAUAGAGGCAGUCAUACCUGCUGAAGUUGAGAUAAUGUCAAUGAGAAUCAUCCAAGAAGCUAAGUUGAGUAACGCUGAAUGGGUUAGAAAGAGAAUCGAUCAGUUAAAUUUGAUUGACAAGAAGAGAAUGGUUGUCGUCUAUCAUGGUCAAUUAUAUCGACAAAGAAUGAUUCGUGCUUUUCACAAGAGAGUAAGAGCCAGAAUUUUCGAAGUUGGUCAGUUGGUCCUGAAGUGCAUUUUCCCUCAUCAAGACGAAUACAAAGGAAAAUUUGCACCAAAUUGGCAAGGACCCUACAUGGUUUGCAAGGUAUUAUAUGGAGGUGCUUUGGUCUUGUCGGAGAUGGAUGGCACCGCAUGGCCGAAAUAA